UAUCUUCAUCCGAGAAAGAGGUAUUGAUCCUUGCCUGCCACUCGGAGAGGAAUACCUCCCGAAGGUGAAGCAUCUUCAGCCUGUUAUUAGAUUAUAAUUGACGUCACAGCAGCAGGUCCUCUAUCAAAAGUGUUCGGCAACAAACUCUAUAAACGCGCAAACAUAGAAUGUAAUGGACCAUUCAUGACCAUUGGUGCAGCAGAUUAGAGGACGUACAAUUCAGUCGUAAGGUCACACAAUAGGAUAGCAACAAUGGCUUUGAAUUAUUACGUGACGGUAAAACGUACGAACUGCACUCUGUGUACCUAUUCUUGAACCAGGAUUUAUUUCAUCUUUUUCAUUGAGUUUCUAAAAUUAAGGAACUGUCAAGAAAAAGUCAUCAACAGCAGUGAUAAUAAAGAACUUCUACCGUAUAUGUGAUGUACUUAAUGUUAUAUUUCAUAGAAGGAUGCAACAGCAAAGACAGUGACUUUCCUACGUUAAGCUCAUAAAAAAGAUGGAAUCAUCAUAACGUUGUCGCAAAGCCGCUCAUAUUGUGAAAUAAUUAUACAUUUGCUUAGACAUAAUCAAAACCAAAUUCUUGCUGUUAUUAUAAGUUUGACAUCCAAUAUCUUAAUGUUCAGCAGUUAUUCGGUUUUAUUAUCAGCAACUUUAGAUUAAUAAGCCCUCAAGACAGAAAUGUAAAUGGUCUCUUUUAAGUAAUGAUAAAACAAUAAAAAGAGGAAAUUACACUAAACUGACAAAAAAGAUGCUACGUUAGUAAGAACACUUUAUACAAAGCCCCUUAACUCGGACUAUUCACUUGAAAUUAAAAAUCACAAUACCCUGUGAGAAAUAUUACGUAGUUCAUCUACGUAAUGGCGUCCAAUUUAAACAUGCACCUGUCCUGUGGCGCUACUAUAAAACACGACCAUUUUUCAGCAACAUUCACGAGUCUCGUAAUAGCAUGGCUUGCCAUCAUAUUUGUGGCGGAUCUAGUUGGCAACAUCUUAGUAAUAAUUGUGAUCCUCAAAAAUCCGAGCAUGCGUGAUGAAACCCACACGACUAAUUUCUUCCUGCUAAAUCUCGCUAUCGCAGACCUUUUGGUUGCUGUGGUUAUCCCGUUUUCGAUUCAUUCCGCUUACAAAGAGUGCUGGGAUAUGUCUAUGUUUCUGUGUAAAAUUAACUCGUUCCUAGUAACACUCUCUCUCCUGUCGUCUAUCCAUACCCUUAUGUACAUCAGCAUCCAUAAGUUUGUCAGCGUGAGACGGGUAGCCAUUAAAAACGAGUUCAACGUCCCAGUGUCACGUAAAACCUCAUGUAUUAUGAUUGUUGCUGCCUGGAUGUACGCUCUAGUUUUCAGCAUCAUGACCGUUAUAUCAGACCCUAUCUACAAGGAAAUGACUCUUCAGUGUGGACCAAGAUACCCCGUCGUUGGAGAUGAAACCUUUUAUCUUCACAUUGCCAAUCAAAUCGGAAACCUGUUUAUCCCUCUCGUCAUAUUAAUGUUUUGCUACACCCGUGUAUUCAUGUACAUCAGACAUCAUGCUAAUGAACAGCGGCGAUUUUCGUCGACUUCAAGUGAUGGGGAUACAUCUCAAAGUGAGAAGGGUGUGACUUUGACAAUGGUGAUCGUCCUUGCCUGCUUUCUGCUGUCUUGGUUACCUUACAUUGUGUAUACUAACUAUGGAACCAUUGUUGAAGGAGAAAAGAAGGACAUUCCGUAUUACUUAAACCCUUUGGCCUAUUGCUUCGGAUUCAUGAACAGCGCCUGUAACCCGCUGAUCUAUGCGUGGAGAUUUCCAAACUUCAGACAAGGAUACAAGGAUAUUUUCAACAAAUCAAAGUACUUUGUUACAUUCGCGGAUGGAGGUCGAAAAGUCAGGCGCCCAGUCAUUCCAAGCAUGGUCGAAAGCGAGGCUGGCCGAAGGACGUCCGCUCCUCUGGCGUCAAUUAGUGAUGUUCGAAUUUCCUCAGUCACGUCUUCCCCUGUCGUCUUUAUGAGCCAGUUGAGUCAGACUCUCGUUAACCCCGCCAAAGGUCAUAUAGUUGCUUUUGAUGAUGUCAUUACAAAUGUCGGUCAUGCUUACAGUUCCGUCACAGGUGUAUUCCGAGCACCUGUAGACGGCAACUAUAUGUUCUCGAUGAUAGGAACAGUAAAGCCUGAACCCGGUGACCACUCGCUUCAUCUUCUGCUGAAGAGAAACGGAAACACCAUCGGCUACAUAUUCUUGGAUUCGAAUCAUGAUUACUUCCUCAAAAGAACUGAGGUCGCUGUGGUUUCCCUUACAUCCGGGGACGAAGUCUUUGUUCAGGUGGACGCUGUUGAUGGAACUCAUUCAUUAGUAGGAUGCUGUUUUCAUACACAUUUUUCUGGUUUUUUAAUCCGAUAAUAAAUUUGUAAAAUUGAUA